CCGAUCGGUCUGCACGCCCGCUGGGAACGACAAAGCGCCUCGUCGAUCGCGUAGAUGCGUACGUACGGGCGCGUUUCGCGGAAACUACGGGCGUGCGAGCGGAAAAAAAGCGGCAGCGCGACGAACGAAGGCGGCGGGCAGCAGGUUUAUUAUUGCAGUUGAUUAGGGGGGAGGCGCAGUUGGUUAAGCGAUCUCGUUGAAAGCGAAACGCGCGGCGUGUACCGAGCAAAGCCGCGCGAGUAGUGCGAAACCAGCAAGAUCGACGUCGGCGCAGCGAUGCGUUAGUGUCGCGCGCGUACGAUGUCCAGCGAUAUCGCUCGAUUGGAACACGAGCCAGCCGCGUCCGAGCCACUAGUCGCAGGAGAUGCUGCGUUCACGUUGCAAGGAACGAAACAGACGGCAGAAAGCGUUGCUCAAGAUGCCGUCGACCAAACAGGAUUUGGCAAAUUUAACCUUAAGGUUAUGGCCGUCUGCAGUCUGAUUUUCAUGAACGUGGCAUUCAGCAUAACCAGCAUUGGAUUCAUACUACCUUCAGCAGCAUGCGACUUUCAAAUGACCACGGUGGACAAGGGCCGCCUAAGCGCCGCUCCGAUGUUAGGUAUGCUGGCUGGUUCCUACAUAUGGGGCUGUUACGCAGCCAUAAAAGGACGAAGGCUAUCACUGUUGGUUGCUUUGUUUCUCCACGGAAUCUCCGAGUUAUUAGCGUCGGUGGUGCCUCUCUAUUGGGUCUUCCUGUUCCUAAAAUUUCUAAGCGGUGCAGCCAUGAACGGGCAGUCGGCGGUCGUCUUUCUAUACUUGGGUGAAUUCCAACCGACCAAGUAUCGCGACAAGAUGCUCUCGUGGAUGGAGAUGGCUUGGGUGCUAGGGAUGAUCAUUCUGGCAGGCGUCGGUUGGAUAAUCAUUCCACUGGAAGUGAACAUGGUAAUCGGAGGUGUGGUUUAUCAUUCGUGGAAUCUUUUCGUUUUUAUAUGCUCCCUGCCAGCCUUGCUCGCCGGCACGUGGCUAAUAUUUUUCCCCGAGACACCCAAGUAUCUCGCCGAGACCGGACAGAACGUCCAAAUGUUGGACGUACUGAUGAGAAUGUACUCGGAGAACAGUGGGGAACCACCGAAGGAAUAUACAACGAAACUACGAAACUGUGGGAACAAUAAUCUCAACGACCUGGUGCAUCAAAUAAUGCACACGAGGGACGAGGAUGACGUGGAAGAAAAGUCCUUCCAGUUGAUGAUAAACGACAUCUGGACGAAAACCGUGAUGAUCCUGAAGCCCCCGUUCCUGUGCAGGACAAUAGUCGUGUGUUUGAUCGCCUGUUUCGUCACAUCCUCUUAUUACACGCUCACGUUGUGGCUGCCAGAGCUGUUUCACAGAUACGCCGACUUCCAAGAGGCGUAUCCCAAUGAAACAGCCAGCGUCUGCACCCUGAAGAGCGCGAAGAACGCUACAGUGGUAGCGCUGUCGGAUGAUCCGUUCAAUUGCGAAUCCAGAGUACAAAUUAGCGUAUUUGUCCAUACGUUCAUCUUGGGAGCCUCUUGCAUCCCAACGGGUUUGAUAUUGCCGCUCCUGGUUAACUAUGUAGGAUACAAAUUUUUCCUCGUGAUAACAGCUUUUAUACCCGCCAUCGUGACCGCCUGUCUCUUCCUGGUGAAGACGUCCACUCAAAACUUGAUACUCUCUUGCGCCUACGAAUCGGUCACAUCCGUCUGCCUUAGCGUGGUAUACUGCCUUCUAGUUGAUCUCUAUCCAACGCAUUUAAGAGCAAUGGCUGCUGGUUUGUCGGCUUUUAUCAGUCGAAUAGGUGCUAUAAGCGGUACUCUGAUGAUCGGGUACUUGAUCGAUGAUUACUGCACGUUGGUGAUCGUUAUAGUGGCCGCUCAACUCUUCCUGAGCGGGAUACUUGCUCUGUUCACGCCGGGCAGAAAGAGGCCGAGCAAAGACAACGAGAAAUCCUAACGAAAGUGGGGGGACUCCGCGUGAUCGUAAACGAAAUAAAAGAAAAUAGAAAUGUUCUGUAUUCGUAGUAUCGUAUUAUAAACGUCUAAGGUCAUACUUUAACACGAUGUAAAUGCAUUUCAUGUAGAAACGGAACGUAAGUGUCUUCUUAUGCGCGAAUCGUUUCGCACUGCUCGAAAACAGUUGAAGGGGGGACGUUAGAGCGACCAAUUCAGCAAAAAAUGUUACUUAAAGUGGUACUUAAACGCACAGUAAUUUUGUUAUCUUUGAAAUUUCCCUCAUUCGUUCGAACACGGUUCUCCGAUGAUUUCGAGCAGCGCCCAUUGCGCUUAUUUUAAAAAUAAGGAUGUACGCGACCGAACGCGAUCAAUAUCGUGCACCAGGGGUGGCGAAUUGUGGCAAUUCUCACUUUCGUAAAUUUUAAUACGGCAAAUCAACGUUCUCUCGAAGAAAUUCGUCGCCCCUGUCGUACACUAUGUAUAUUUUAUUACGUAACUAACUAACGCUUUAGUAUAAAGGCUUAAGAAACGUACUUUAAGAAGACGAGUGUAAUUAGCCGAAUCUCUUAUGAAAGGAGCUUUUACUGCUGUAAGAACACGCUCUUACAAAGGUGCGACUCAUUAUUAAUAAUACUUGCUUAUUCCGCGUAACGCACAGGAUUGUUGCAAAUGUUUAGAGAGAGAAUGACGGGAGUCAACCUUUCGACCAGAAAGGUCUUAUUACUCAAUAUUGUAUAAGAUGGUUCUAAAUGAUUUUUACCUAAGAAUAUAGUUCUGCGAGGGAAUAGAGUCUACGUAAAGUAAGCGAAGGGGUACCUUUGUCGACACAGCACGAAGAAUAUCGAGAAACGAGAGAUGAUUCGAGUCUCUGCCUGGUCAACUUGCCCUUAACGCGAGCACUAAAAUAUUCUAGAAAAGUUUCUCUCAAAUUUCACCAAUUUUAUCUGUUCUCUCGUCGUACGACUAAAGAGCUUCGGAUUGUAGAUUAACGUACUUGUACUUAAUCGCGUGAAGAACAACAAAGCAAGAAGAAAAUGCUCAAUUAAACGAUUAUCGCAACGAUCUCUUAUUGUAAACGCAAGCGGUAUGAUACUUGACUUAGAUGCAAUUGUAUGAUAAUAAAGAGCUUGAAUCUACCCGAUAGGCGGAUCCGUAAUUGGAACGUCGAUCGAAUUUCCAACGCGUUUUAUCUUUACUUUAUUUUUCUAUGUACGAGACUUUUUAUAUUGUAUACUGUUUAUAUGCCGGCCAUUUAAGUGCAAUAAAAAAAGUAUUCGUAUCGAA